AUGAGUCACAUCAGAAGAAAAAUUCACUUGUGGAUGAGUAUAUAUAAAUAAGAGUGCAGAAUUUUUAAUUAUAAUCUAUUGUUUAUUUCUUCGGAAAAUGUACACCAUGAAAUCUCUAUUAAUAUUAUUCGUUAUUUUUACGGCUAAUUUUUACGUUUUUGCUUCACCUCAAGGCAAGCCUCCUUCUGAGCAAGAAUUAGAACGUGAGCGACAAAUGCAAAAAUGUUCCAAACAAACUGGAAUCGACCAUACAAAAUUAACAAAUGAACAAGUGCUAGGAGAAAAUGUUGAACAAGAAGUAAAAUGCUUUCAUGCAUGUAUGUUUAAAGAAACAAAAAUAAUGAAUGAUGAUGGUACAAUAAACAAAGAAGUAGUUUUUAAUUUCCCUCCUAACAUGUCUCCAGAUAUCAAAGAACAUUUAAAAAAUUUACAUGCUCCAUGUAUUGAGUUAAAGGGAGACACCGAUUGUGAAACUGCUUUUCUUCUUUUCAAAUGCUUGGCUACACGACAAUAGGAAUCUGGAAAGUGUAUAAAUGUUUCAACUGGUAAUAUUUAUCGACCUAUUAUUCCUGGCAUGACAUUGCUAGCUGCAGAUAAUUUUCAAAAAACUUAUUAUACAUAACAAUAAAAAAACGAUAAUAUUUAA